GCUAAGGAAUCCCGAGUACGCGCGAGUGGGUCGGACGCGCGCAGCUCGAGCGCCGCUCUCAGUGCUCAGACAUGGCGGCGGUCCUCAACCCGGAGUGGCUGUCUUGCCUGCCUUCUUUAUGGAGUUACGGCGUGACCCGGGACGGACGCGUCUUCUUUAUCAAUGAAGAAGGGAAGAGCACAACCUGGCUGCAUCCAGUCACGGGAGAAGCCGUCAUUACAGGGCACAGAAAAACUCCAGAUUUACCCACCGGAUGGGAAGAAGGAUACACGUUUGAAGGAGCCCGUUGCUUUAUCAAUCACAAUGAGAGAAAGGUGACCUGCAAGCAUCCCGUCACAGGCGUUCCUUCGCAAGACAACUGCAUCUUUGUCGUCAACGAACAACCAGUGACAAAAGCACCAGCGGCCGACAAGGAAGAACGUCCAACCAGCACCAUGAGUGAAGCAUCGAACUACACGGGCGGCUCAGACUAUACCACACAUCCCAGCAGUCCCACAACCAGACUGUCCAGGUCUUCAAAGAAAGUCCACAACUUUGGGAAGAGGUCCAACUCCAUCAGGAGGAACCCCAACGCCCCGGUGGUAAAGAACGGCUGGCUUUACAAACAGGACAGUACCGGGAUGAAGAUGUGGAAGAAGAGAUGGUUCGUUCUGUGUGACAUGUGCCUCUUCUACUACAGAGAUGAGAAAGAAGAGGGAAUCUUGGGAAGUAUCCUCCUGCCAAGCUUCCACAUCUCCAUGCUGUCCGUGGAUGACCACAUAAGCAGAAAAUACGCCUUCAAGGCGACGCAUCCAAACAUGCGGACGUACUAUUUCAGUACCGACACAGCCAAAGAUAUGGAGUCCUGGAUGAAGGUUAUGACUGAUGCGGCAUUGGUCCACUCUGAGCCAACCAGAAGGCUUGAGAAGGUAAAGGUUGACUCCUGCAUCCCUCAGGAGAUGAACAACAUGCUGAAUCACAGAGCCCUGACCCGACCCGAGAUGCAAAACAACGAGAGAAAUCGCGAGACAAUCCACCAGGAGGAGAAAAAGCAGAAAGAGAAAGACGGAGAGCGAUACACCCUCCAGAGAGACGCCGACAACUACGCUCUGCACAAAAACGCUCCAGGACUCACUCUGCAGAAAGACGGAGACCGAUACCUUCUGCAGAAGGAUGGAGAGAAAUACGCCGUCCACAAAGACGGAGAGAAGUACCUGCUGCAGAAAGACGGGCAGAAGUACACAUUACACAAAGAUGGAGACAAGUACACGCUUCAGAGGGAAGGCGAACAAUACGCUCCACCCAAAGAUGGCGAGAAGAACUUGCAAAUGGAUGCAAGGUACCCUCUUGGAGACAAACACAAGCAGCCGAAAGACCUAGAGAAACCCAUCCCACCGCCACGGGAUGCCGAGAAAUACGGCUUCCAGAAAGAGGGCGCUGGAGAGCGGCCGCUCACUAAGAUAAACAGCAUCAAACUCCAGCCGGCUCAAGCAGCGGCCAUCGCUGCGGCCGUCUCGUCCUCCAGACAGCUCCAGAGCACUGCGGGAUCCAGCCAGCACAAACCACCCCAAGUCAACGGUUCUGGGGAACGAGGGGGAGACAGAAGCCCUGGAGACAUGAACAAUACGAUGCCCCAGAGGACGACAGAACCAGAGCGAACCCUGAGCAGAACCAACUCCAUGCAGCAGCUGGAGCAGUGGGUCCGCACUCAACGCACACGGCCCCCAGACGACGACACCAGGAGCAUUACGUCCUACCAAACGUUGCCGAGGAACAUGCCGAGCCAUCGUGCACAGAUCGUCCCGCGCUAUCCCGAGGGUUACCGGACGCUCCCUCGUAACAUGCUUCGGCCGGACAGCAUCUCCAGCGCGUCGGGGUCGAUGUACGACCGGGCGCUGCAGCCCACGACUGCAGAGAAGCGGCGCUCCAUACGGGACGACACCAUGUGGCAGCUGUACGAGUGGCAGCAGAGGCAGGCGCACAGCCGGAUCGGAUACGGGACGCUGCCCAGCCCCAAAACCAUGAGCCAGAUCGCAGAGUCCAUCCCCACGUCUCCUUCCCACGGAUCUCUGGCCGGUUACCACACCUUCUCCCCUAAUCGCCCCCUCAACCCAGACUCCCGCUCUGAAGUUACCUCGCCGGUGUUUCGUGGGGACGUGACCAUUGAACGCCGCCAUCGGCCGCAUCUGUCCAAGGUAAAGUUACACAGGGUUCCUACAGUGUGGAGAAACUGGGAAUAUUUUAAAUAAUGUAGCAUUUAAUUU